UAGAUCUAAGCCCGCCGUAGUUUAGUUUUAGCCAAAAGGUUAAAUUAUCAAUUUGCUUGCUUAAUUAUGCAUGAUUUGAUUUGGUGUUGCAUGUGACAAAGUGGUGUAUACGAGGUGUGCGCCUUGCAUGUGUGUGUAUAAGUCGCUGCAGCUGCAAAGUAUGCAAUAAAAAUCUCGCAUUGUUUAUGUGCAGCAGGAUCCGGAGAGCGGAAAGAGAGGCAUCGAGAGAGGCGGAGAGCGGUGGGUGGGAGCGAAAGCGAGUGAGGGGGUGGUACAGUGAGGUAGGCUAAGGCAACCAACAGUUGACUAUUUGUUGCAUGUACUCGCCACAGCGGACUUCUUUCAACUAGUUGGUAAGCUUCAGCGAGUGCGCCGAAUGCUCUCGCUCUCCCUCCGUUUCUCUCGCAAGAACGAGAAACUCUCUCCGUCGAUUUCAAUUCACAAAACAUUCGACAAGUGCAGAGUGAACAAGUUGUUGUUGCUGAAGCAGCGAACGGAAAAAGAGGAAAAUUUACAGGGUUUUCCAAAAGCCACAGGCCAUUAUCUAACCAAUAUUCAACAUGUGAUAGAAAGUAAAGGAAAUACAGAUCUAUAUGGGUGGUAAAUAUCACCCCUUAUGACCAUCGAAAUCGCAGAAUCUCGCAAACAAGGAGGCAGCAACGGCAACGGCAGCAACAUUGCAACAACCACCAGCAACUAGCAACUAUCAACCAGCAACGCAACAACGAACAACGCCAGAUACCUUGGAUUGCGGAGAUAGCCAGGAAGGAAUACCCGGUUACACGAGUUGAAUAAGCUGCCAAGCGGAUGUGGUAGGAUCGCAGGUGGGGCAGGAUCUCGGAGACAGGAGGGCAAGUGGGCAGUGGCAGUGGCAGGGCAGGAGGAUGCCAGCCAGCCGGCGAGCCAAGAAGCACAACAUUGCAACAUCCGCCACUCCGGGGACAAGGAAUCAAAGCUGAAGGAGCAACCGCAGCAAUUCACUCAAGGCAACUCGUGUCAAUGUCAGAGUUGAAGUCGAAGUAGUCGAGGUCGGGGGCGGGUCACAAGCUACGGCUAUAGCUAUACAAGCAAAAGCAUUUUAACUGCAGAUGACAAAGAAGGUUGUGCUACAUCUACAUAGUAAAUACAAAACAAAUCUAAGCAUAAGAUACACGCAGACACCAAACCCAAGAAACCACUUCAACUCCAGAACCCAAAGAAACCUAGACCAAAAUAAACAGAGCGGCGGGGCAGGGCGAACAAGUGGAGGGGAAUCCCCGGAAUUUCGAUCGCCGAAGCUCCAAACUGGCAAGGAAAGGCGGAAGAAGGAUACGGAUACGGUGACCCGUUUUGCAGGCAAAAUGUCCGUGGACUUUAUACUGCCCAAUCGCAACAAGAUCCAAACGAUUGCCUAUGCGAGUGCCAGCAAGAAAUAUGUGGCCGCCGGAUCGGGCUCCAGCCUGGGCUCCGGAAUGGGAUCGGUAUCGGUAUCGGCAUCGGGAGCAGGAUCAGGAUCAGCAGCUGACCUGCAGAGCUGGCGACGCCCGAAGCCCAGGACCUCUGGAAAACUGAGGCUGGAGGAUAAGUCCCCGCUGACUGCCAGCUCGGUGCUAAGGAAUGCCAAUGGCAAUGGCCUGGGAAAUGCCGGGAAAUCAGCACUCAAGUCGGUGGCUAAAAGAAGCUCGCGAUCGGUCCUCAAGCGGGAGAUCAUCGAACUGGAGGAUGACGAGGGCGAGGAGCAGGAGGAUCAGCUCUGCGAACACCUGGAAUGGUCCGCCGCCCAGUCCCUGGUCCAGAUGAACUCCUCCAAGCAGGAGAAGCAGCGACGAACGGGCAACUCCCCCGCAACUGUGGCAGUUCCAAUUUCCACCUCAGUAUCGCUGCGCCGUCCAGUGGGCAGGGCUCCGGCGGAGGAUGGCAAGGUGAUUUUCUACGCCCCGCCCGCCAGCGCCAGUGGAUCCCCACGCCAGCCGGAGCCGGUGACCUUGAAGAGGGAGCGGGACAGGGAGCGUGAGAGGGAGAGGGAGCGCGAGCGGGACCGCGUGAGGGAGCAACAGGUGGUGGCGGCGACCUCGAUCUACCGGGGUCGCAGUGUCGAGGAAACGGAAGCGGCCCACGAUCUGCUCUCCCUGUCGCAGAGCCUGCCGCCCCUGAUCCCGCCCUGCGUGGUGACCAUCAUGAAGCAGGAGCAGGAGCAACUGCGCUCCCCGGAAAUCCAGGAGAUAUCGAACAGCGCUUCCAGCCGAUCGCCCCAGUCGACCAUCCGGUUCAUAGGCAGCAGUUCCUACGACCUGAUGGGUGGCUCCUCCGAGGGAGCCAACAACUGCUCGCCGCUGACGCCCCCCAACUCGGAUCACAGCUCCGAUGUGGAUAUCGACAUGUCUUCCUCCUCCGAAUCGGGUUUGCAGCAAUGGGGCAAGCCCAAUCCGCAGCAGCAGAACCAACAGCGAGCCUCGGCCCUCAAGAUGUGCCUCAAUAUGCUGGACGGCAGAACCAAGGCGAGCAAGGCGGCGGCAGUGAGCAAGCAGGAUAAGCCGGAGCCAAUGCAGCCCAGGCCCAAGAGUGCCCAGAGUAAUGCCUCCUCCGGCGGAGGUCCGCCAUCAGAGCCUCCGGAGCUGGGGGCAGCGGCGAGCGCGGGCUCACACAGCUCCUCGGGAAAUGGGGAGAACUACGCCAAGCGGAAGCGGGGCUGCUACAAGUGCUGCGAGUGCGGCAAGCAGUAUGCCACCUCCUCGAACCUGUCGCGCCACAAGCAGACCCAUCGCUCCCUGGACUCGCAGUCGGCCAAGAAGUGCAACACCUGCGGCAAGGCGUACGUCUCCAUGCCCGCCCUGGCGAUGCACUUGCUCACGCACAAGCUCUCGCACAGCUGCGACAUUUGCGGCAAGCUCUUCUCCCGCCCCUGGCUGCUCCAGGGACACCUGCGGUCCCACACCGGCGAGAAGCCCUACGCCUGCGUCCACUGCGGCAAGGCCUUCGCCGAUCGCUCCAACCUGCGGGCCCACAUGCAGACCCAUUCGGGGGACAAGAACUUCAAGUGCCAUCGCUGCAACAAGACCUUCGCCCUCAAAUCGUACCUCAACAAGCAUCUGGAAUCGGCCUGUCUGCGCGACACCGGGGCCAUUGAUCAGGGCAAGGGAUUGGAGGACGAGGACGACGAUUGCAGCAAGCAGGACGAACUGGAGCUGGGCGAGACCGAGCUGGACAGCGACGAGAACAGCCAGGACAUUGUGGUGGCCUAGGGGCGAACGACCCUGGGGAACUCUCCUGCCCGCAACUAAGAUACUUUAUACCAGAACCCUAUAAGCAAUACUCGAGCACCCUUAUCAAAUUAAUACUAAAAACAAAAUGGUAAUUAAAAACAAACAAAGUCUAGUCUAGAAAUCGGCUUACUAGCGGAGUAGUUCAUUAAAUGGCAGGUGCUGACGAUGAUGAUGAUGAUGGAUCUCAACUCAAUAGAAUCUUCUUCAAGCAGUUAUAUACACACACUUAUAUCUACUCACUUAUAAUCUGAACUAUCCCAAAAUCUCUCCAAGUUGCAACUUUUACUGAACGAAGAUUGAGAGGCGCAGGAACAAAGAAAACAAAAACAAAAACAAAAAACAAAAGGUUUGAGAAGGAAAUCCAAAACGUAACUUAUAGUAAAAAUCUGACACAACGAAUAUUAUGGAACAUAAGUAGAAAUUCUAUAUAUACACAGAUCAAAUAAGCAUUAUAUACAGAUGAGGAAGGGGAAGGAAGGACGGUAGGAUGAAAUGGGAACGGCAAAUUAUAUGUAUACAUAUGAACUAAAUGAUUAAUACCUAGCGAGCAGAACCAAUUUGCAUGUUUUUUGGUAAAUAUCUACUUUUAGGCAUCGUUUUAGGGCUCUAGAGUUUAUAUACACCCGGUCACAGAUACAAGAUACCACGUAAAACACUACCCACUCACCUAGAUGUAGUCCGAGUACUUAAGGAUUCGAUCGGAGCUCAGUUCAAGUCUUAGCAAACUAAUCAAUUAGCGAACUUAUAGCACUUCCCGCAACUCCCUAUAACUCUCUCGCUCUUAGACCCCUUUUAAGCGUACUCAAUGAUCAAGUUUAGCAAUCGGAAAUCGGAGAUAUAUAGAAUCGAACGAGACGAACCAUUUUAACCGCUGCGACAACGGCAACUUUACACUCUAACCAAGUUUAGGAUGAGAUUACUUCCAUAUUAUGCUCUAACUCGAUAAACAGAAAACUACUUCAAUUACUUAGAAAUGAUUAAAAUUAAUGAGAAAACAAUUUAGAAACAUAUCACAAGGACAAUACUUAACAUAAAUAAAUGCAUUCAAAGUAUGGAAAGUAUAUGAGGGCGGAGGAGGCGCCGCGAGACGACCCCAAUUAAGACAUUCUCAUACACAAGCAACAAAGUACUUACGAAAUAGUUAUUUUAUUACUAGCAUUAGACCCCGACUCGUGUACAUACAGUAUAUAUAUAUAUGAAAGGCAAGUUUAAAGGCAUUUUAUACAAGAAACUACCCCCGUACCCGCGACCCCUCGAGCUUUGGCCCAGCCAAAGGUUUCUUAUGGACAGGAACACAUCCUCCCCAACCGCAGAGGGAUAUACUCAUGGGUAGAGAUCCCCGAUCCCCUGAGUUCUGGGAGGUCGAAGAAGAGGCAGAACGAAGCAGAUAGGUUGAUGAAACGAUGAUGAUAGACGUAGAAGACGCACUUGUAAAACAAAUGAUAACUAAAAGCAAUUCCAAAGUUAAGUGACAUAGUUUUUAACAAACAAAAAAACCAAAAAUACAAAAUUUGUAAUUCUAUAAAACCAAAAUCGAGAAGUAUUGAUAUAUACACAAACAUGUAUUUAUUUUACGCGUAGUUUUUAUUCCGAAACCAUAAGAAAAACGGCUAAAAACCGAAAAACCCCAAAAAAAAAAACCGAAGGAGUAAACUUGAAAACAAUUUAAUUAAAUUGUCAAUUAGAAUUAUUUCAUAAUUUAAGAAUUGAUGAACGUGGCAGAUGCGAUAGAGGUUAUUUUUUAAAGCAUAUAUAUACACAUGAAUAUAUUACAAAUAAAUAAAUAUAUUUAAAAGAGGCAGUUUUAUAUCGAAAUUAAUAAUAGUAAAUGCAAAGUAACAACAAAAUAUUGAAAACCAUUCGAACUUAAUUAUACAACGAGCAAGAAACCAUUAAUUAUAAACCCCCUCCCCCACACCCACACCCACACACACGCCAACACACACACGCCCACAAUUUUAUAGCAACAGAUUAUUACAUCGUAUCUACAUACGUGCGCGCCAUGUAGAUAACCAAGUAAAGUAACGCCGCACGUCGCAAUUCUAGCAGCAGUUCUAGAAUCUGGGUGCAGAAUUAGAAUUUAGACCAGAGAGUGCUAUGUGCAUUGUUUAUAGGGCCAUAGUUCGAAAUCGUGUUUAUGCAUGGCUUUAUUGAUGAUUAUUGAUAGCGUUUUAAAUAGCAUUAAAUGCCUAUAUACACAUAAGCAAACCAAACAAAAAUCAGAAGAAAACCAAAAAACCGAAGAAAGCUAAAAACGUAUAUAAGAAAUUCCAUUGAACAGUAGUGGUAACAAUUAUGUGAUUUGCAAUUUUACAUUCAAAAUAUAUAUGAUAAAAUUACGAAUAUAAAUAGAUUAUAUAUUGAGGCGAGCGUUUAAUUGAUUUAUUUAUGAGUAAGAUUUAUUUAUACACAUUAUACACCACAAAAAUGAAAAAACGACAAACAAACAAAAUGACAAAAAGCUAAAAAUAAGAAGAACUCGAAUGGAUGGAGGAGAGGCGAAGCAAAAAUAUUUUUACACAGAAACCUUGUUUUAUACACGCGGCAAGUUGAAUCCGAAAAUCGAAACACCCCAGGCACACCUGCAAAAUUAAUUAGAGCCCCCAAGUACUUAUGAAACAGACCUGCAGCUGUGCUCCCGAUUUCACUUACUCCGAGUCUUUUAUUUGUUUUUAACAAGUCGAAACCAUAUUGCAAUCUCAAAUAAUAUCUUAUGGUUUAUCUUACGGGUUUUCGUUAUUUUGGGAAUUAUAAAAAAUUAAUUACGUUUUGCGAAAGUAAAAAGAUGUCAUAUCUUUUUUGGAAAAGAAGUUUUUUAAAAUUAUCAUUUAAUACUCCAAACUAAGAUAGUGAAGUCGGGAACUCCCCCUGCUAGACACCAACACCUCACACCCUCUCGAUACGAACAGAUAAUUUCAAGAUCAAUGACACCAAUUCAAUUUUGAUUAUUAUACAAUAAACGGUAGGGCAGAAACCGAACAAGCGAAGGACGGUGAGAUAUUUUAUAAAGUGAAUGAAUGAAUAACGUAAAGAUAUUAAUUUAUAUAUUCAUAUAUUAGAGAUGCAAAAAGACUUGAACAGUUAUAUACAUUUAAAAUUGCAAUAUAUUGUAUACUUCAUUAAAAAUAUAUACAUACAUACCGGCGUAUAUGCAACCACGUAUAUAAGUAUACAUAUUUAACUAAUUUAUAUAAAUGCUUACAGCGAACCAUAAACAUAUACAUCAUAAGCCGAAUCUCAAUUUUUCCAAUGCAAGACGAAUAGGAAUCCCUCAAGUAACGCAAGAUCAAUUCCAGUACACAUAUACUCAAUGACCACCCGGCCGGCGGGAUCGCCUGGCCGUGCAGGAAUAUAUAGCUAAAGAUAUAUAAGUAAAAUACGUAUGCAAUGCAAUGCCACGCCCACCCCCGAUCGGCAGGCAGCGAUUUUAAGGCGCUGCCCGUGGGGGUUUCUCACAGAUCAGAUCAGAUUUUUCCUUUUGAUACUUAGCAUUCGUUCUUGUUCUACUUUUAGUUAGAGAAUGUUCAACUAGUUUCAGCUUUCGUAGGAGUUAAAUAAUCGACCUUAAAGACACACCUCACACACGCGCAGAACGAGAAGAACACCUAGAAGAACCGCAGCUAUACUAAUAACCCCGUAACCCCCUGUAAGACACUCUAUUAGACACUAGCCGACAUCUACAGACAUACCCACGUGCAUAACCAUGCGACUUUAUGGCAAAAUAUGUAGAGCAUAUAACCUAUUAUAUCCCAAAGAAAGCUAAUCCAUUCUUAAAUUAAUAUACACGCGAGUGGCGGGAGAAAGCGAAUCGAAGCCAGAAGAAUCGCAGAAGAGUCGCGGAGAAUCGCAGAAGAGUCCAUUAUGGACUGAGACAACAAACCAAAAGAAAUAACGCAACACGAGUAAACUCCCCCUCAAAGAAACAAACAAGAGAAAACAAUACAUCCGUAACAAGAUCCAAAAGUAUGACACGACGAGUCGAAGGAAUAUAAAUUAGAAUCAUAGUUAUAAAGCUACACCCACACACUAGUGCAGCCAUGUAACUAUUUUUAGAGCCUCGGAAAUAAACAUACAUAAAAUACAUAAAAAUAUUAAAUAAACGACAGAGAAAACCAAA